UAAUCUAUAUCUAUUUUUAUGUAUUACUAUCUGAUUGAAGGUAGUUAAUGUCAAUUUCCUAACCAUUACAGUUUGAUCAUCACGUCAUUAAAUACACUUUGUUUGUUUCUUCAUAAACUCACAAUCGUUUUUUUCCUGAUUCGUUUCUGAGAUCUAAACGGGACGGACGGACGGAUAUACAGGCCACACAACACUAAUAGCGUCUUUUCCCCUUUUGGGGGCCGCGAAGAAAGGAAUAUUAAAACCGGACCUUCACCAUGACCAAUGAAGGCAGUGACAUGAACAUUGACAGUGGUGUCAGUGACAUGACAGUCACUGAAAGUGUUAGCAGUGUUGACACUGAUAUGACAGUCACUGAAAGUGUUAGCAGUAUCGUCACUGACUCUACUUUUAUAGGUUCUCCAUCAUCUACUGUUGUUAUGGACGAACAAAAAGCAACCGGUGAUUCAGAAUCGACUGGCGCCAUGUAUCAAAACACACUUUUGAACGCUGCAUCGCACAGUAUCGAUACUGGCAUAAGAUCAGGAAGUGGAUUGAACAAUGUCGAGCCCCUGCCAAACAAGCAAAAAGACUCGCAGACGAGAACACACGAAUGGGUUGAAAAACAUUUUGAUGUUUUCGUGAAAACUUUGGAUGGUAAAACAGUCACUAUUCAAGUAGAACAAGAUGAGGAGGUGACAAUCUUCAAAAAGAAAGUUCAGGAAAAGACUAACGUGGAAUCAAGUCAGCAAUAUCUUCUCACACAAAAUGGGAGACAACUUCAGGACGGAGAGAGACUCAGCCACUACGAUAUAAAGAAACAUUGCACUAUUUACUGUCAGGGCAGACUCAGGGGAGGGAAGAACUUAAGAGACUAAUAACAAUUUGCUGUUUUGAAGAAAUAACACAACAGUCGUUCAAAUUAAAAACAUGUAUUAUUUUAUUCCGUUUCAGCCAAUUAAGCAUAUAACUACAAAUAUUUAUCUAUAUUAUAAAGUAGAAUGUGUGGUGUAUGUAUGUAUGUAUGUAUGUAUGUAUGUAUGUAUGUUACUUAUAGACAUCAAAACCGCUUGACCAAUCGUGAUAAAACUAGGCAGGAAUGUUCCUUGGGUACCAACUUAGACCGUAGUGUAUGUAUUGUAGCCCUAAAACAAACUUAAGACCCUCAAAAAAAAAAUAAAGUUGUCCGACUCUAUUACAGCUAUAGUAUUUUAUGGAUCUAGGCAAUGUCUACAAUGUUGACAUGAGAAAAGAUAGAAAGGAUUUAGACCUAGAUCUAAUUUUAAGAAAUACACUUUGCGCAGAUAGUUUUUUACUUUGACACAUGAAAAGACAAAAGAAGAUCCAUUGAUUUCAUUAUAUAAUAAAAUUAACCUUCAAUUUUGUGUUUCAAAAGCAUUUUUUACAUUAAUUAGUUCCUUAUAUCUGUGAUUACAGAUUUCCUGACGAACAUUCUUUCAUUAGACAAUUCCGUAAUGAAUCGCGUACUAAAUAUUAAUUCGUUUAAUUUUUUACUUUAUAAUCCCAUCCCUAGAUCUAAAACUCUAAUUCAACUCUAAGAUGAUAAAACUUCUCUUCGCACAGAUAGUUUUAUACUUUUACACAUAAACAUAUCAAUUGAAGUCCAUUCAUUUCAUAUUUUGAUCAAAUAAACAUUCAAAUUUGGUUUUUAAAGCUACAUUCAUUUACGAAAGCUGCGAAGCCGAGUUGAGAUAGGCCUAGAUCUAUAUUCAUUCAUGAAUCGCGUACUAAAAAUUAUUUCGUUAAAUUGUUCACUUUAUAAUCCCAUUCAUUUAACAAAGCUAUCGCUCUUUUCGUUUGUAAUAGAUAUGAAUUUAUCGGCUUCGGGUAAUCCCAUUUUCGCAAACCUAAUUUUAUUUUCGUAGCAAAAGAGAAAAAACUUGAAAGGAUCAUUAGUUAAGUUUAACAUACAUCUAAAUCCAAUCCACUAGAUUAGUAAACACAAACUUAGACCCGAAGGCCGCGGGUAAAGUCUGGCGAACAUCCUUUCAUUAGACAUUACCAAAUGGUUACACAUUAACAGUGAUUAACACAUCUCUCUACUGAGUCUAUUCCUAGGCCUAGGUCUAAAACUCUUAUUGAACUCUAAGAUAAUAAAACUUCUUUUCGCAAAGAUAGUUUUAUGCUUUAACACAUAAACAUACUAAUUAUUGUCCACUCAUUUCAUAUUUUAAUCAAAUUAACAUUCAAAUUUGUUUUUCUAAAGCAUUUUUAAUACAUUCGUUCGCUGUUCGCUAAAUAAAGCUGCGUAGCCGUGUUGAGAUAGGCCUAUAUUCAUUCAUGAAAAAAGGUCACGCAUGCGCAACACAGAAUGAACUCUAUAAAAGGCAACUAGAUUAGUGUAGUUUUAGAUCUAUGUCUACCUCAAGAUCUACUUUAUACUUUAACACAUGAACAUACAAAAUAAAGUCUAUUCAUCUCAAUUUUUAAUCAAAUAUAUGUAGGCCUACAAGCAAAUGUUUUAAUUUGGAAAAAUGGAUUUAAGCCUAUUAGCUAUUCUGAUUUGAUAGCUUCAUUCACACUAUUUUUACAUUGACACAUUCGCUUUAUUACAUUAUUAUUUCGUUUAAUUCUUCACAAAACACUCUCAGUGACUAUAUCGACAGUAAUGCGCAAAUAAAGAUCCGCGGGUCGCGGGUAACAUAUGUCUAGUAUAUAUAUAUAAUUAAAAUAAAAUACACAUUUGUGCUCAUUAAAUACACACGUUGACUCUAACUUUGGGUUUUCCACAUUACAUUAUAGUUAGAUAAAUGUGAUGUUUCACUUCGCCCAUAUGUAUAUAUAAUUAUUCUUAUUACACAAAUUUUAUGGACUCACUGGACUCACUAUGUCUGUUUGUCUGUCCGGUAAAAUGUUUGUACACGUUAUUUCUUCAACACCCAAUCUUGGAUCAAGCUGAAAUUUUGACAAAGAUUUUUUUUCUUUGUCUUUAUUAAAAAAAAAAAAAUAAAGUUUACAAUGAAACUUUUAAAAUAUUUUUACACGUAUUUAUGCUAAAAUUUCAUACCAUUAAGGAUCUACUAGGAUGGCUGCCUGGUCGUGCGAUAUUCUCGAUGGACUGUUGUUCGGAUUUUUUCAUUAUACAGAGUCCAUACCUUUCCCGCUGCCAUCCAGUCGUCCUGCGGGAGGUUUAGAUAAAGUAGUAAACAAUAAACUCUGAAGGAACAUCUGAAGCAUGUCAGACAUUCUACAUUACAUUUAACUACCUUGCAGUUUUAUUACUUAAAAUUGAAAUAUAUUGAUAGUUCCUUUCGUAUUCAUAUAUCUACAUGCUGAUAGAUUUGAUUUUAUUAAAGGAAAUAUAUAUCAUUUUUAAUAUGUCAGUAAUAAAAAGAAAAUUGAUAAUG